GCGCCCGACCGCGUAUAAAGACGCGACGGGAGGGCGCGCCGAGCGCCGAGUUCUACAUCAUUCCUCGUGCCAGCCUGACCAGCGACCGGCCGGUCGGGAGGAGUGGUGCGCGCGUGCGCGGGCCGUUCGACAUGGCUCCGGGAGCGGAGAUGGCGCGGCCGUUCCCGGCCGCGGGCGGCGACGAGGAGGUCUUGGCCGGGGCGGCGGCGGUGGCGUUCCUUGCCGCGGAGACGGGCCGGCCGGUGGACCUGGUGGUCUGGGGCGACGAGAAGCGGAUGAAGCGGGAGCUCGUGGCGUGGGCCAAGGCCGUGGCGUCCAUGGCGGCCGCCGGCAAGAACGCCUCUCGCCGCCGCCGCCGCCGUCCUGGCAUAUAGUAUAGCGUACGGUUUCCAACCCCAAGUGCACCGGUUGCAUAUAUACUACGUUGCAAUCUGAAUUGUGAGAUGCACGUGCUAUGCAGCUUGUUUAGCUACCUUACUUAUGCUUGCUGCACUUUGCUUGGGGAAACGCUAGCUGAUCCAUUAUUUCUUCUUGUUAUAUUGUAUAAUAAUUUUCUUAUUGGGGAGGGGAGUCUAAAACAGAUGCCCCAUCUUUCUAUUUUGUAACAUAUUAUUUUCUCGGUACAUAUGUAUAUAUGAUCAAGAUUGAUAUGUCUGGAGCCCUGAACUGCUGAACAA